CUCAGCACUUCCAUCACCAUGAGGGCGACAGUGGCAGUUCUCCUUCUGUGUCUUUUGGUGGCAGCAUGCCACAGCCAGGAGACUCCACCUGGCCCUCCUGGACCAACUGAAGGGCCACAACCAACUGGUCCACCAGGCACACCUACUGGAGGUCCUGAACCAACAGGUCAACCUACUGGGGGUCCUCAACCAACUGGACCACCAGGCCCACCAACUGGAGGUCCUGAACCAACUGGUCCACCUACUGGGGGUCCUCAACCAACUGGACCACCAGGCCCACCAACUGGAGGUCCUGAACCAACUGGUCCACCUACUGGGGGUCCUCAACCAACUGGACCACCGGGCAGCCCUACUGGAGGUCCCGAACCAACUGGAGGUCCCCAGCCAACUGGUGAACCUCAGCCUACAGGCCCACCAGGGCCACCCUCUGGGGGACUUUGGCUUUUUUGAAUUGGUGGACUCUGAUGGUUGAUGUUAUUGCAUCUGUGAAACAUCAAGAGAGUUCAGACUUGAUAUUUACAAUUAACAGAAUCUGACUUUACUGAUGGAAGUGUUCUGUGAAUCGCUUUGUAAAAAUUUUUGGCAUUAAAUGAGCAUCUAAAAAUC